UUAUCAGACCCCAAUCAAUCCCAAUGUUUCGGCACCCCAUAGGCCGGCAGCAAUGGACUGUAUCCUAGAUGGUCUCAAUUCGUCCCAGUCCACCGCCGUGACGUCUCCGGCCUCCAUCUUGCAAGUCCUUGCGCCACCGGGUUCCGGCAAGACAAAGACCCUAACAGCACGCGUCGCGUACCUGCUCGCCCACCAUCACUAUCGCCCUCAAGAUGUCAUCUGUUGCACAUUCACCAUCAAAGCCAGUCGGGAAAUGCGAGAGAGGUUGGCCAGAUUGAUCGGUGAGGACUUACAGAAAAGACUGCUUCUAGGGACCUUUCAUUCGAUCUGUCGGCGAUAUCUCGUCAUCUAUGGCCAUCUAAUUGGGUUAAAGAAAGGUUUCGGGAUUGCCGACUCCGGUGAUAGUACGUCCAUUAUCAAAGUGGGUCAUGCCGCUUCCUCAUGGAUUGUCUGGUCGAAGGUCUUCAUUGUGAAGCGGUAUUGACUUGAAACAAAUGGUAGAAAAUCAUUAAACGACUGCGGGUCAGCAUCGAGCCGGGGUCCGCUAGAGGACGGAUAUCUCGCCAAAAAGCCCAAGGCAUCGGUCCAGACGAGGUAGAAGCCAGGUUGAAGACGAAUACGAAGCAUACGGAGCAAUGGGAUUUUGUUCAGG